GUCUCCCUCCCCAUUCCAAAAGAAUCUGAACUUCUUGCACUCACAGUCGCAGAGAUGGGCAGUUUGAUAGGGCAUGUAUUACCAGGCAUGGCCUUCUUCAUACUAGGUUUAUGGCAUCUCUUUAACCACGUAAAACUCCACUCUCUACACCCAAACUCUUACACUUCCUCUCCAUGGUUCCCCGUCACAAAACCAAGGUAUCUAGAGCUCUAUUUGAUCAUGUUAGGAAGCUCCAUUUCCAUAACAAUGGAACUCUUCAUUGGGCCAGAAAAACACCAACCCUUCGAUGUUGAUGGAACCAUACCAUCAAACCAUCUCCGAAACUUUGAACACUCUUUCAUAUCAAUGUCUUUCUUUGUCUAUGCAACUUUCGCUCUGCUUCUUGAUAGAAUUGGAGCUAAAGCAAAAUGCGGUCUAACACAUCUUCUAGGGGCAAUAGCCUUUGGCCAACAACUUCUCAUGUUCCACCUCCACUCGACUGACCACAAGGGUCUUGAAGGUCAAUACCAUUUGCUUCUACAACUUGUCGUAUCUAUAUCUUUAGUCACCACUCUUAUGGGAAUUGGCUUCCCUAGGAGUUUCUUGGUUAGCUUUGUUAGGUCUCUUAGUAUUUUGUUCCAAGGAGUAUGGUUCAUGGUAAUGGGCUUUAUGUUAUGGACUCCAAGGUUGAUCCCCAAGGGUUGCUCACUUUACAACGAUGAUGGUCACAAAAUAGUCCGAUGCGCUAGUGAAGAGGCCUUGCAUCGUGCAAAAUCAUUAGUGAACAUUCAAUUUAGCUGGCUUGUUAAUGGAAUCACCAUUUUUGCUAUAACCUUGUAUUUGGCUUUGGUUGAAAAAUAUAGCAAGAAUGUCAAGUACUCGUCAUUGGCAAAGGAACUUGAAGAAAUGCCCGAAGACUCUAGCGACAUUGAAACAGAAAAGAAGAACAAUUUGAGCGACUCGAAGUGUUUGGUUCGUGGGGAAAGCUUAAGAGGGUUUGCCCCUUUUGACAUGGAUGGGCAGAGGAUGUGGAAAAAUUGAAGUCAUAGUGUUUUUCCUUAUGCUUACAAAUUGUUUCUAGCUUAAUGGUAUACUAUAUAUUAUUUAUUUAUUUAUUUAAUGAUAUAUACAUAUGUGCUGGUAGGGUGCAAAGUGUAUGGUUUGCACUAAUGGCUUGUGCAUUAGGGGUUAUUUACAUCAUGAGCUUUGUUUCUUUUCGUUUUCUGUAAUGGAUCCAUCAUAAUUAAUAAUUUUUCUUUUACCA